GUCGGCCUUGUGCCGAGUUCACCCCGCAAAGUCGCCUGUAAGUUAGUCAACCCUGGAUCACCUGAGCACCAUCACGAUAGUCGUUAACGGUAGUCCUUCCGCCUGUACGAAAUUGACUUUACGUGAUCCCCGCAGUCUUCACCUCGGAUACUGACCGAUAUGGAAUCUGGGGCCCCGAAAUCAAACCAUGGAUGCCUUCCCAGUUUAGCGAUUACAGUCCUCGUGCCGGCCAGGAGCCUGCUUUUGCAGCGGCACGUAAUUCUGCAAGCCAAUAUAGUCACUCUUCCGGACUGGUCUGGGGCUAUAUAAGACAUCAAUCGACGCUCAUCUUUCAGGCCGCACAGCCAACAAGAUUUGCGGACAACCUCGAAAGCUCAACUAUCCAAUAAUUUCUUCGUCUUCCUCAAUCAUGUCUUCACGAUCGAGCUUCUCACGCUCCAGCGUGCUUGCUCUUGGUCUGGCUGCCGCGGGCUCGUUCGUUACCGCUGCACCAUGCGACAUUUAUGCUGCCGGCAACACGCCCUGCAUUGCCGCACACAGCACCACCCGUGCUCUGUACAGCAAAUACACUGGUGCACUCUACCAGUUGAAGCGCGGCUCUGACAACACCACAACCAACAUUGCACCCAAGUCUGCUGGAAGUGUCGCCAACUCUGCCGCUCAGGACACCUUCUGCUCGGGCACUACCUGCCUCAUCACCAUGGUUUACGACCAGUCGGGGCGUGAGAAUCACCUGACCCAGGCUCCACCUGGUGGCUUCAGAGGCCCUGAGUCCAAUGGAUACGACAAUCUUGCGGGCGCAAUCGGCGCUCCAGUUACCUUGAACGGACAGAAGGCGUACGGUGUCUUUAUUUCUCCUGGAACCGGAUAUCGCAAUAACAAGGUCAGUGGAUCUGCCACAGGAGAUGCAGCUGAGGGCAUGUAUGCAGUUCUCGAUGGCACCCACUACAACGGGGCUUGCUGCUUCGACUACGGUAAUGCCGAGACCAACAGCCUCGAUACUGGUGACGGCCACAUGGAAGCCAUCUACUACGGUGACAACACCAUCUGGGGCAGUGGCUCUGGCAGCGGCCCCUGGGUCAUGGCUGAUCUUGAGAAUGGUCUCUUCUCCGGCCAGGGCGCCAAGCAGAAUACUGCCGACCCAUCCAUCACGUACCGCUUUCUUACUGCUAUCGUGAAGGGCGAGCCGGGAACGUGGGCGAUCCGUGGUGGUAAUAGCGCAUCUGGUGCCUUAUCGACGUUCUACAGUGGCGCACGCCCGAGCGGUUACGACCCCAUGCACAAGGAGGGUGCUAUCAUCCUCGGAAUUGGUGGUGACAACAGCAACGGAGCUCAGGGUACCUUCUACGAGGGUGUAAUGACCUCUGGCUACCCAACCGAUGCCACCGAGAACUCGGUGCAGGCUGAUAUUGUAGCUGCCAAGUAUGCCACCACUUCUCUAGUCAGCGGUCCUGCCUACACAGUUGGAGGAUCUGUGUCGUUCAAGGCCACCACACCCGGGUUCACUGACCGCUACCUUGCUCACACCGGCGCGACAGUCAACACUCAGGUCGUCUCAUCCUCCAGCAGCACCGCUCUGAAGCAGUCGGCCAGCUGGAUCAUCCGCACUGGUCUCGGUAACAGCGGCUGCUACUCAUUCGAGUCUAAGGACACUGCCGGCAGCUACAUUCGCCACUUCAACUUCGCGCUCCAAGUCGCUGCAAACGACGGCUCCAAGGCGUUCAAGGAGGAUGCCACCUUCUGCCCACAAUCUGGUCUCAGUGGCAGUGGCUCAUCCCUUCGCGCAUGGGGCUACCCUACGCGCUGGAUCCGUCAUUUCGCUAAUGUUGGUUACAUCGCGAGCAACGGUGGUGUCCAUGACUUCGAUGCCGCCAACUCGUUCAACAACGACGCUACGUGGUCUACGAGCACCGGGCUGGCUUAGAAUUGCUGCGAUUGCGGUAGGGACAGAAUUGAGAAUGUGUCAAGUGCUGCAUGUUCGAUGUUUGGUAUCAUUGAUGAUAUUCUUUCUAGCUUCCCUCUACGUAGUGAGUGACUUUGGCGUGUAUUGCUAAUUGAAACGCAUUGAUUUCGUG